AUGAAGUUCUUGACAACAAAUUUCGUACAAUGCGCAGUUAAAAGCUGUCAAUCAUCAUCAGACUCAUUCCCAUUGAAAUACGAAGAAUGCCAAUUAGUACAAGAAGAACAAGAAUUUAAACCGGAAUUUAUAGUACACAUGUUGGAGAAGCUUGAUUGGAAUGCAGUAAUAUCAGUGGCUAAAGACUUGGGAAAUGAUUCAUUACCAGCAACUAAACCUGAAGGUUUAGAUCCGAUUAUGGAAGAUGAUAAAGUUGUGUUGAAAGAUCUACAUAUAUUGUUAAUUGAGACUCAGUUGAUUGAAGGGAAAAUGAUUUGUAACAAUUGCCAUCAUAUUUAUUACAUCAAAAAUUCGAUACCAAACUUUCUUUUACCACCACAUCUUGCAAAUUGA